AUGGCAUCUAAACGCCCUUUCUUCGUCAUCGUCCCUGCUGGAUCCCAGAAUCCCACCCACUACGGCUACCUUUCUCAUCUCCUCCAGCUCGCGGGGUAUCCCACUUACUCAGCUCUGCUUCCCUCCGUGGGAGCCUCGGCAAGGGUCUCUGUUGAGGAUGACGCAACUUUUAUCCGGGAUAGGAUGCUUCUGCCCAUACUGGAGUUCGAGGAGCAUGAUAUCAUCCUUAUCUUGCAUUCAUAUAGUGGUGUACCGGGCAGUGCUGCCGCGCAAGGCUUGGGCAAGGUAGAGCGCACUAUGCAGGGUAAAAAGACAGGUGUAAUUGGACAGAUUCAUAUUGCGUCGAUGCUGCAAAAGGGAGGGGAUGGAACGGAUAUCUUGACUGCUGCUGGCGGGAGCUUUCCACCACAUAUUAGGCCUGAUCCUGAAGCCAACGUUCUUCGAUGCAAUGACCUCAUUUCAUUCCUCUACCAAGAGGUCCGCAAGGAUCUAGCGGACGCAGUAGCUGCAUCGACAAUGGUGCAGGGCAUGACAGUAUUUACAUCUCCAUGUCCAAGAGCGUCGUGGGACAGCGAGGAGUACAAGGGACGCGUGGCAUAUAUCCGGGCCUUGAACGAUAAAGGUAUUCCUCUAUCAAUCCAGCAGAUGCUGAUUGACAAAACUGGUAUAGAGUGGAUUGUCAGGGACAUGGAGAGUGAUCAUUCUCCGCAACUUUCGCAUGCAGAUGAGCUUACAGCAACGUUACUGGAGUUGGCGAAGAAAUUUGAAACCCUUUAA